GCGCUCCUUUCUGGCUUUCACGAAUACAGUUCUGUGACGCCUGCCCUGAGAUCAUGUCUCUUCGACUUUCCAGCGGAUCCAGGAGAUCCGGUACCCGUCCCAGCACCGGAUCGCUCAGGCUCUCCAGCGGGGCAGCCAGUUUCGGGGCUGGGAAUGCAUGCGGUAUUCCAGGCAUUGGAAGUGGCUUCUCUUGCGCCUUUGGGGGCAGUUCAUCAGGAGGAAACGCAGGGACAGGCAACCCCUGCGCUGGCUUCACUAUGAAUGAGGGGGGCCUCCUGUCUGGCAAUGAGAAGGUGACCAUGCAGAACCUCAACGACCGUCUGGCGUCCUACCUGGAUAACGUGCGCGCUCUGGAGGAAGCCAACGCCGACCUGGAGCAGAAGAUCAAGGGCUGGUAUGAGAAAUUUGGGCCCGGUUCUUGCCGGGGUCUCGAUCACGACUACAGUAGAUACUUCCCAAUCAUUGAGGAUCUUAAAAAUCAGAUCAUUGCUUCCACCACCAGCAAUGCUAAUGCUGUCCUACAGAUCGAUAAUGCCAGACUGACAGCUGAUGAUUUUAGACUCAAGUAUGAAAAUGAGCUGGCUCUUCACCAGAGCGUAGAGGCUGAUGUCAAUGGGUUACGCAGAGUUUUGGAUGAAAUAACCCUGUGCAGAACUGACCUGGAGAUUCAGUAUGAAACCCUGAGUGAAGAGUUGACUUACCUCAAGAAGAACCAUAAGGAGGAAAUGCAGGCUCUGCAGUGCGCGGCGGGAGGCAACGUGAACGUGGAGAUGAACGCCGCCCCCGGGGUGGACCUCACGGUGCUGCUGAACAACAUGCGAGCCGAGUACGAGGCCCUGGCUGAGCAGAACCGCCGGGACGCCGAGGCCUGGUUCAACGAAAAGAGCGCUUCUCUGCAGCAGCAGAUCUCUGAGGAUGUGGGAGCCACAACCUCUGCCCGGAACGAGCUGACGGAAAUGAAGCGCACUCUCCAGACCCUGGAAAUCGAACUGCAGUCGCUCUUAGCCACGAAACAGUCCCUGGAGUGCUCCUUGACAGAGACCGAAGGCAACUACUGCACCCAGCUGGCGCAAAUCCAGGCUCAGAUUGGGGCCCUGGAAGAGCAACUGCACCAGGUCAGGACUGAGACCGAGGGCCAGAAACUGGAGUAUGAGCAGCUCCUGGACCUCAAGGUCCACCUGGAGAAGGAAAUUGAGACCUACUGCCUCCUCAUUGGCGGAGAUGAUGGGGCCUGUAAGUCUGGAGGUUACAAAUCUAAAGAUUAUGGAUCUGGAAACAUGGGAAAUCAAAUCAAAGAUCCAGCCAAAGCCAUUGUGGUUAAGAAAGUUCUUGAGGAGGUCGAUCAACGCAGCAAAAUCCUAACCACCAGGCUCCACUCCCUGGAAGAAAAAUCUCAAAGCAAUUAAUAGAGAACAUAUGCCAAAGACCAGCACAGAAGAAAAGGCAUUAUAUAAUCUGGGAAAAUGAGCAAGCCUAAGAAACGCCUGUCCUCUUGUCUUUCUGUCCCUUUCUCUAUUUGGGCAAUCAACAGGUAUCUCCCCAUUCAUCUGGAAGAACGUCACGUCCAAAUAUGACGACUCAUUUGACUACCUUGAUGACCCUACAGAAAUCUGUUAUGGAUUCCUUGUAUUCAAUAAACCUUCUUCCUUCAGCAAGUUA